AGUGUCUGUCAGUCUAUAUAAACCCGGGGCCGCCCUGCAUUUUCGCGAUUUGGAUGCGCACAGCCUAUUCACCAUGCCGUCAGCCGCUGGAGUCACCUUGCUGUUUGCAGCACUUGUUGUGGUGAACUGCUAUGUGAUCCGACAAGUUCCAUAUGAAGAAAUUAGGCAUGCAAAACACGUGAACAUUUCAGAGGAUGAUGAAUUUACUCUCUCAACGUUGAUUGAAAAAGCAAACAAGAACCUUGGAAAUGACCUAGAUGAACCCAUUGUGAAGUUUGGGGAUAUUGCCACCCCCACUGGUCUUCAGAAUGCCGAUCCCUGCACGAGUCGUGGCUGCAAAUGGCAAAAGAAUUCUGACGGGAACGUUUACAUCCCCUACGUCAUCUCCAAUCAGUAUUCAUCUCGAGAAAGGGCUAUCAUUCAGCAAGCACUGCAGUCCUUUUCUGCCUCCACUUGUAUCCGCUUCCGACAACAGAGCAGGGACAGAGACUACCUGAAUAUCCGGUCCCUUAGCGGAUGUUAUUCGUUUAUCGGGCGCCGUGGUGGUUCACAGGAUGUCUCCUUGAGCCGAUCGGGUUGCGUCUACUUCGGAAUUGUGCAGCACGAAUUAAUUCACGCGCUGGGUUUCCACCACGAGCAGAAUCGCAGCGAUCGCGAUCAGCACGUCCGCAUCUUGUAUCAGAACAUCCUCCGCGGACAGGAACAUAAUUUCAGGAGGAUUCAAACCAACAACCUGGGGACUCCAUAUGAUUAUAACUCAGUCAUGCAGUAUGGGAAAUUUGCCUUCUCCAGUAAUGGUCAGGAAACCAUCCGCCCGAUUCCAAACAGCAAUGUAUCAAUCGGGAGAGCCACACAAAUGAGUCAAAAUGACAUUAAUAGAAUCAACGGUCUUUACCAAUGCAAACGAUAUAUGAAAAAACCAUGACUGCAGUACCAUCAAAAUGGCAAAGAAUGAAACAUACAAAGUCGAAGAAUGAAUCGCAGACGAAUCUUGAAUUUAACUACUUUGCAUCAAAAAUAAAAAUGCAUAUAUGCAGAUGUGCUGUGCAUUAAUUUCCAUAAAUACGUAAUAAAGUACUAUUAACAGCAA